UAAUCUGCUAUCACCGUCACAUAGAGAAGUAGAGAGAGAGAGAGAGAGAGAGAGAAAGGGGAGGGGAACCAUGAAGGUGAUUUAUUCUUCGGAGUCGAUGGACGUCCCUGAGGGGGUGAGCAUCAAGGUGCAUGCGAAGGUGGUCGAGGUGGAGGGUUCUCGUGGAAAGCUGGUUAAAGAUUUCAAGCACAUGAAGCUCGAUUUUCAGCUCUUCACUGACGAAGACGGCAAGAGGAAGCUUAAGAUCGAAUCCUGGUUCGGAACUCGCAAGACCACCGCUCUCAUUCGCACUGCCAUUUCUCACAUCGAGAAUCUUAUCACCGGUGUCACCAAGGGUUACCGCUACAAGAUGCGUUUUGUCUAUGCUCACUUUCCAAUCAACGCUAGCAUCACCAAUAACAACGCCUCCAUCGAGAUCCGAAAUUUCCUUGGUGAAAAGAAGGUGAGGAAAGUGGACAUGCUUGAAGGUGUUUCUGUUGGUCGAUCUGAAAAGGUCAAGGAUGAAUUGAUUUUGGAUGGAAAUGACAUUGAGCUCGUUUCCCGCUCCUGUGCCCUCAUUAACCAGAAAUGCCAUGUUAAAAACAAAGAUAUCCGGAAGUUCCUUGAUGGUAUCUAUGUUAGCGAGAAGGGGACAAUUGAAGAGUAAAAUGUGGACAACUAGGAAUAUUGAUUUUAAUUUGAGUCACUCAUCUGCCUGCACUGUUUUCUGUUUACUCCCGAGUCUUUGAAGACAGUUUUUCUUAGCUUCUUUGAGAUUGGAUUUACAAUGCUGUGUUAUUAAAGUUAUCUUUAUAUGAAUAGGGUAUUCAAAUAUUUUAAUA